GAGCUUACAUGCCCCUGUGACGGGGCUUGCACCGACACACCCACCAUCUAGACUGGGUUAGAAGCAGCAGCAGUAGCAGCAACACAUUGUAGUGCUAGUUUCGGUGAUCGAGGUAGUCGCUCGUUUCUCAUGACUAUUUAAAGAGGUUUGCCAUUUGCUGCCAUUAUGUGCAAUCCAUACGCUUAAGUUGUACGCAACGAAACUUUAAUCUAGGUGUUACCACGCGAAGCCAGUGGUAACUUGGUAGUUAACGGUGCGCUGCUCAACGCGAGGGCAUCGCUGUCACGAAAGUCGAUCGAGAUCCGUUGACGGAUCUAGUUGACGUCAGAGGUGCAGCCAUCGGGAGUUGGUUAGUCACUAUAUACUGGACUACUACCACAGAGUUUGGUGGUCGGGUGUCUGGUGGUUACAGGAGAAAGACGGCAGAGCUCUCAGCUGCUGCUGUGACUUCCUGCUAUUCGCUCCAAUCGUGGCUGGUGAUACUGUGCGUGCUGCAGCUGUUGUUGGUGAUGCCGUUGAAGCUGUGAUAGUGGCCGUGGUACUUGCAAAGUGUAGUGACGGCUCCAGCCGAGUAAGAGAGGAGGUUUGCACGCUUACUUAUCUGUCGAAGUAACCAGAGACUUUGAAUGAUGCUAGAUUAAUGAUCAGAGUCCAGUUGUCCGGGCUGGUUGUCAACUGAUGGUAGACUCGUGACGAUUAUGCUUUGCUCUUUUGUUGUCGUGGUUGUCCAGUCGUUACUAACAGUUGGUGAUUGACCGUUGCUACCAGUUGCCAGCAGUUCCCUGCAGUGUGAUAGGCGGAGAACGAGUGAGAGUGGAUUUAAUGAAGCAGGGGGAAUAAGUAAGAAGUAACGGUGUGGUCCGCUUUUGUCUAUUAGCUGAUCAGCUAAUAGUUGAUUUUGUCACUGUUUGUUCCCUGUCUAUUGUUGCCCCUGUUGUGUGCUUGUCCGAACGAGGCGCGCGUAUUCCAACGAAACCGGCAACAACGACAACGGCAACAGCAUCUCACGCACGACACGGCAAGGCAGGCUAGACACAAACGGCGUGUUAGUGGCGGCAAACACCAUAAAGCAGAGACCGACUGAAUGGAUACCGAGGAGGUAGCAGCACCAGCUCCAUCUCAACCCAUCGUGGCUCGGAACCGUCUCAUCGGAGUAUUCCGAAAUAAGUCAGAGACGAAUGACGGCGCCGGACCGCCUAAAGAAACUCACGCUUUUGAGCAAGUCGAGGUGUCUGAUCGACUAUUGAAGACUGUUAAAAAAGAGGUAAAGCAAAUUAUGGAAGAGGCCGUUACACGCAAAUUCGUCCACGAGGAAAGCAGUACCAUAACUUCGCUGUGUGCCGCUGUGGAUGCUUGUCUCUCACACGGACUUCGUCGUCGAGCACUCGGCUUAUUUAAAACAAACUCGACCACGGCCCUUCUCCAGAAAAUUGCAAAGAGCUUUCCUCCAGCAUUUGAAGUGGUGCAGAUCGUUGAACGCAUUGAACAUAUCCAGGAUGGUAACAAACGGUCUUCCUCAUCCGGGGACAGCACGUCAGGUACUCCGCAACGUCAGGCAACUUCCAGUGCCUCAGGCUCCGGAAAAAAUCGUUCAGUUGCCGCGGUCGGUAUACGUUACUUGUGGAUUCGUGUGGCCCUGUUCGAGAAGCACCUCGCCAAACUCGUCGAUUAUCUCGUAGAAAAUGCCAGUAAAUAUUAUGAGAAGGAUGCUCUUGUUGCUGACCCCGUAUCCGGACAAAUACUCGCUUCACUUCUUGUUGGACCCUGUGCAUUAGACUAUUCUCGUAUGAAGACCCAAGAUCACUUCUGGACGGAUCCUCCAGCUGAUGAGCUCUUACAGCGUCAUAAACUAAGUAAUGCGCUCGGUGGGUCGAUAAUGCCGCAACAAAACAGACAGGGUACCCACCCUAAGCCGACAACACCACCUAAUGCAUCUAAGCGACCCACACUAAGUUAUCGACGAGCAGCCGGCAGCAGCAGUGAGGAUUCCGUUAGUGGCCGUGUAUUUCAGUCGGGACCAGGUACUGGAAGCGGUAGCACAGGAAGUGUUGGAAGUGUGGGAACGAACCAGGCACGUGAUUACGUCGAAAGUCUCCAUCAAAACCCCCGCUCAACGCUGAUUUAUGGAAAAAAUAAUGUUGUUGUCCACCCGCACAACUGCCCAGAGCCCUUGCGAGGCUAUUUAUCGCUGCAUCACGAACCGUCUGCGGCCGGACUUGUACUCAAAUGGACUCCGAAUCAGCUCAUGAAUGGCAGUGGCGAUUCGACGACAGGUGCUCCAUGCGAAUAUAGCAACGGCUCUGCGGCCACUCAUUCCAUCUACUGGGAACAUGCGAUCAAGGUGAAGAUGUCCGAGGUGGUUUAUUUGCAUUGUCAUCAAAACGCCGAUCAGGAAGGCAGUUUAGUCUUGGUCGGACAGGAUGGGGUACAGCGACCUCCGAUCGUGUUUCCGAAAGGUGACAGCCGCCAACUGCUGCAGUUCCUGGCCUGCCUUGAGGGCGCCCUGCUACCACUAAGCAGACUCGAUCCGCCAUUGGCCACACAGACGAUUCACAGUAAUCAUACGGGAGGGAAAGUGCUAGCCAAACUGAAGCGUCAGAGCAUGCCAGCAUCGAACGAACAAGACCUUGUGUUUCGUGUAAUACACGGCCACGGUCAUAAGUCUUCCGUUAUGAGUCAACAAACGAGUAGCAGCUCGUCGGAUGAGUCUGUGGACGCCGAUGAGGCGAUCGAAAUUGAGCCGAUUGUUGCAGAAGACCGGAAGAAAGAGAGGCCGAAAAAUUCAGCGGAAAUAACUAAAUUAGGUGAUGAAAGUUUAGAAGCUUUAUGUUCAACAAUGAAGCGGCAGAUUCUCAGCAGGGCAUUUUAUGGGUGGUUGGCACAUUGUCGACACUUACGCACUGUACGUACCCAUCUGUCUGGACUAGUUCAUCCACUUGCGGCUCCAGCCACAGAUCAACCUCUAAGCUGCACAAGAUGGCAGGAACUUUUGGCUAAUGACGGGUCGAUCAGAGAUCCUCAAGAGGUGCUCCGCCUGGUCUAUUUCGGCGGGGUUGAACCAAAUCUUCGAAGCAAGGUGUGGCCGUAUCUUCUCGGCCACUAUAAAAUGAGUUAUACGUACAAGGAGUGUCACCAGAAAGACAAUAAGAGUCAGGAGGCGUUUGAGACAACCAUGUCUGAAUGGUUGGCCGCAGAAGCCAUCGUGCGCCAGCGGGAUAAGGAAACUGCUGCCGCCUUGCGCCUUUCGUCUGGCGGUUCAACGACGCAGUGUUCGGAGAUCCCUCUAGCGAUGUCGCACGCGCUAAGCAGUGACAAUAAUGAUGUGUUCGAGGAUGAUAGUGCUAUUACGGAGGGAAAUGAAGCAACGAAAUCAACAAUCCUCGAUGAAAAUCAUGCAGACAGUAAUGUUGUGGUUAGCGGUGUUUUGGAAUGUACAACGAAGCUAUCCUGUGAAGAGAACGAUCUUGAAGAUAAUUAUAAUGACAAUCCUGAAGAGAACGAAAAUGAACGAACAUCAGCAGGAGAUCAGGCAGCUUUCGGUUGUCUCCAAGGGCCUGAGCUUUCUAAUUCAUUGUCUUUGCAUGAAUUAACAGUGGAGCCUAGAAGCGAAUGCGCUUCGCCGGCGUCGUCUUCAGGAGCUGCAUUUACGUCUGAUCUGCUAGACUUAUUCGGCCUAAAUAUGCACCGAAUCGAUAAGGAUGUUAGACGCUGCGAUCGCAACGUGUCCUACUUUGAAAAUGGGGAUAAUUUGGACAAGUUGCGAAAUGUCAUGUGUACAUACGUGUGGGAACAUCUGGAUGUUGGUUACGUUCAGGGAAUGUGCGAUUUAGCCGCCCCAUUGCUUGCUGUCUUCGAUGAUGAGGUAAUGACCUACUCAUGCUUUUGCGAACUCAUGAAAAGGAUGGCAGCCAAUUUCCCUCAUGGGGGAGCGAUGGAUGAACACUUUGCCAACAUGCGAUCAUUGAUACAGAUUUUGGACAACGAAAUGUUUUCGUUGAUGCAGCAAAAUGGGGAUUACACUCAUUUUUACUUCUGUUACCGAUGGUUUUUACUCGACUUCAAACGAGAGCUGGUUUACGAUGACGUUUUCCAGGUGUGGGAGACAAUUUGGGCAGCACAACACGUUGCCAGUCCUUCGUUCGGUCUCUUCGUCGCAUUAGCAAUGGUUAAAUAUUAUCGCGAGAUUAUCCUCGAGAACCGCAUGGACUUUACUGAUAUUAUCCGCUUCUUUAACGAGAUGGCGGAGCGGCACGACACAACUGCAAUACUGAAUAUUGCAAGACAGCUUGUGCUCGAGAUCCAGAACCUCAUCGAUACAUCAAAGUGAUCUACUGGAGAGCCAGGUAGAGAGGGGAACGGAUAUACUGAUAGAAGCAGCUUCGCGUAGUAGCGCUCCUGUAUCCUUGCUGUAUCCUUAUUAAACUAUUCUCGUAUAGUGAUAGCAUUACUAUGCUUGAUAGUACUUGCUAAUGCUAAUAUUGACACAGAUAGGUGAGGCGUAGGAACGUGUUGUUUAAUGUUUGUAUUUUGCUCCGUUAGAAACACAAAACAUCCGCGUUUUCUCAUAGAUGGAGGGUCGAUUAGUCAGAUAGGAGGUCAUGUAAGCGCUAUUGUCUUAUAUAUAUAUAUAUACCAAAAUAAAAGGUGGUAGUACCCUGCUGUGAAGAAAUAUACGAAGAAAACAAGCAGACAUAUAACGGAUACGAUCAUUCGUCGCCAUCAUGCGUUCAUAGAAAGAAGGAUAGAAAUAUGAACACAAGAAUACUGAAUACGCAUAUAGAUGUUAAUGCAUAUACAAUUAUCUACUGAACGAUAUAUGCUAGGUACUAGUUAGACAACAAACAGACAAACAAAUCGAAAAUGUUAUUCGCGUCCACAACUUGAAUGAAUUUAUCAGAUUUGAUUUUUUUGUAUGCGUUGGUCGUCCUGCUUUAAAAUUUCGAAGAUAAGUGCUAUCAUAGACAAUGAUUGAUAAUAGCUCGGAUAUAGCAUUUUCCUCUCAAUAAGCUCUAUUCGCCAUUGUCUAAGUCGAUGUAAUCGGGCGAAGUAUAAAGCUGAUAUUGUAAAGAAAGUCGAGACAAACUGAAGCAUCAAAACCAGCACAUGAAUCUAGCAAGAUGCAUGACAUGAGUUAAAACAACAGAACUAUGCUCAGUUCUCUGAAUGCCGCCGUGCCAGUCGGCUUUAUACCAUCGAACAAAAAUAUAUUACGUGACAACAUCGUUUACCUCGUUCAUUCGUGGUGUCCGUAUUAUUGUCAUUACUCAUAUACUCGUUGUCAAUAAAGAGCAAAGCUAUGAGCGAAUAUUGCGCCAUGAUGCAAUGACAUUAACAACACUGAGUUUUUCCAUAGCACUCAGUACAUUUUAAUAAUAGACUUAGUAUCGUUUGUUAUUUGUGCUGUAGGCAUAGAAUAUUGUUGUCAAUAGGAGUUAGGACGACUUAAUUGAACUAUAUAUGCGUUCACUAUGUAAGACUGAGGUCAGCUAUGGAAGAACUCUUUGAUAGCGUGUGUAGUUCCCUAUGGUAAAUGAACUGCACAUGGGUAUUUUGUCGGUUUAUUUAUGUGUUUUCAGCAGAAGGUAACACGUUUUAAUCUCGUUUAAAAAAUGUAACUCAUUAUUGUAAAAAAUUGUUACUCAUCCGAUGUAUAUGUUAAUUAUUACGCUUUCACUAAUUGUAAGGGUUCCGGUUGUAGCUAACACGUAUAUUUUACGAAUGAGUUUAGCGCGAGGUGCAAGUAUAUCUUUUACUGACUUACGGGUCUUUCGAUAAUUCUUGUUUUUUUUCUGCAUUUAAGUCGAUCUUCUUCGAUUUACCUGUGUUUAUUCAAUUCAUCCGAUUUAGCCUGUUCUCAUGGCCAGCUGUAAUGUCACAAUAUCAGAUACAUAUUAUCUGAUAUUUGAUAAAUACGCAAUUUCGAAAAACGCAUUCUAUUAAUAUAGUAAUCUAACUAAUAAUCUUCUUACAUAUUGUCACGGAAAGCGUCUUUCGUAACGUUUGUAAUUUUCGUUUUCCAUCGUAACUUCCGUUUGAUGUAUAGCAAUAUCUAUGUGAUCGUGGUUCGUGUAGCGAUAGAUUACAUAGGUAUCGGGAACAUGACCGCGUUUCCAACUAGAGAAAAUCGCAUCUCGUAAUUAAUUUGUAAAUGAUUUACUUAGACCUUAGAACAGUUAAGUACGGUUCAUUUUUAGUGAGUAUUAAGUUUAAAUUACCAGGAAAAGUAGCGUAAUGUGUAAGCCAAGCCAAACCAGGGCAUACCAGCUGGGCAAAAUAUUUUCUGCCUUUGAUCUAUGGGCUUGGAAUACGGAAAUAUAUUGGAAUUUAAUCAAAUCAUUACCAUAACUAAUUUUAAUAGAUUAAUCUUUUGGGUGGAUAGAGUAGGAAAGAAUAAACUUCGAAUGGGUUACUCAUACACAUAUAGAAAAUAUCAAACGCCGAGAUUCGAGUCUAAUAGGACAGAACUUGAACGAACACAUAGAAAAACUAAUCCAGAAAUAUACUGUUAUUACAAGCGAUGUCGUAAUAAGAACAAGACAAUAGUUAAGAUGUUAGUAUUUGGAAAAGGUGGCCACAGAUCUUACAUGGGCCACUCACCUACCUGUAAUUCGAUCUAAUUGACGUCAAAACGCA